AUGGCUGGCGGAAUUCCUACUGCUGCUCCUCAAUUGGCUGGCGGCUACCUCAAAGGUCGCGCCCUCAUCUUCCCCCUCGCCCUCGUCAUCUCCCUCUUCUUCCUCUGGGGUUUCUCCUACGGUCUUCUCGAUGUCCUCAACAAGCAUUUCCAAACCGUUCUCGGCAUCAGCCGUCUCGAGUCCACUGGUCUUCAGGUCAUGUACUUUGGCGGUGGUUACCUCCUCUUCUCUCCCAUUGCCGCCGAAGUUCUCAAGCGACGCGGUUACAAGCAGACUAUCCUGAUGGGUCUUUCUCUCUACUCUCUUGGCGCUAUCCUGUUCUGGCCUGUCGCCAAGUCUGCCGACUCCAACGCUAACGGCCGCGCUGUCUUCGGUGGCUUCUGCGCUUGCACUCUUGUCAUUGCUUGUGGUCUUGCUACUCUUGAGACUUCUGCCAACUCUUACGCUGUCGUCAUUGGUAACCCUGCCUCUGCCAACGCUCGUCUCCAAUUCUGCCAGUCUUGGAACGGUGUCGCCUCUUUCAUUGGACCCUUGAUCGCCUCCAAGUUCUUCUUCAGUGGCGAGAACCAGAACAGCCUUACCAACGUCCAGUUCGUCUACCUCGCCGUCGCCUGUGCUGGUGCCGCCGUUGGUGUUCUCUUCUUCUUCGCCAAGCUUCCCGAGAUCUCUGAGGCUGUCAUUGAGGAUGAGGCUGGUCACGACACUGAUGGUUCCAUCUGGAAGCAGUACAACAUGUGGUUCGCCUUCGGUGCUCAGUUCUGCUACGUCGGUGCCCAGGUUACCAUUGCUACCUUCUUCAUCAACUACGCUCACGAGAACGGUGGUGUCUCUACUGCCAAUGCUUCCAACAUGCUUAGCUACGCCCUCAUCACCUUCACUGUUGGUCGAUUCGUCGCUACCGGUCUGGCUGUCUUCCUCAAGGCCGAGUUCAUCAUGGUUGUCUACUCUUGCUGCGCCAUUGCUCUUACCGCUUACUGCAGCGCUGGUACUGGCAAGGCUUCCAUUGGUGCUCUGAUUGCCAUCUUCUUCUUUGAGGCUCCCAUGUACCCCACCAUCUUCGCCCUCGGUACCGCCAACCUUGGCCGCCACACUCGCCGAGCUGCCGGUAUCCUCGUCAUGGGUGUUUCCGGUGGUGCUGUGUUCCCCCCUGUGCAAGGAGCAAUUGCUGAUGCCGCUGGAACUCGUAUCUCUUACGUUGUUCCCGUUGUUGGCUUCGUCUACGUUCUCGGCUACGUCGCCCAGGCUUGGGUCCGAGGUGGCAUGAAGAUCCUCGCCGACAAGGCUACCGAGGAAUCUCACGUCGAUGAGAUCACUGACGAGAAGAACGACAUCACUGUUGAGCAGCGCGAGAAGAAGGCCAACGACAUGGCUUAA